UCCAGCAUGCCAACCCGCGACUACAAACGUCGGAAACUGAGCAUCUGUUAGAGAAAACAAUGCUAUCAAUCUCCGCCCCUGCGCCAUAGAGAUGCGCGAAAGGCGGGGCCAUGGAUUGCUAUGUGCCGAACAACCCCCAGUUCGGGCUCGUGGAGUACUGCGCGGACCACGGGCUGUGCUGCGACCCGCUCCAGUGCUCCUGUGUCGACAACUCCUUGAGAGACUUCCCCGAGGAGUGCUGUCAGCAGGAAAACGAAAACUGCUGCCCAGAAAAUGGCGAAGAGCUAAACGCGUUAGGCGAUACCAUCGCUUGCUCGGCGCUGUCGCCGGACGAAGCCUGGCCCCCGGAGGACAUGGGGUCAUUCUCUCUGCCCCCCCUCGACCUGGAGCCGCUGCCGUCGCUGUUCCCCUUCUCACCAUGCUCGGGAUACAACAGGAGCGGCGCGGGGGAAUGCAGGGAGCGAGGAGGGGGCGAGGCGGCGGACGUCCUCCUCUCACUCAAACACGCCGUCGUCCAUGGCGACUGCGCCUCCGAGGCCGUGCACCCACAGAUGAUGGUGAACAACGGCGGGUACCCGUACUACGAGCACUACGGGGGGGCGCCACUGUUCCCCACCAUGAGCGUCAACGUGAGCAUGAACAUGACCAUGCAUGGCUGUCCGCCGGAGCAGCUGUGCUCGCAGAUGCAAUGGAACCAGAACGCAUCAACGCCAUCAGUGAACGUGGUGUACCCUCAAACGCAGAACGUGAUCAGCUCGUCUUCCUACCCUUCAGCCACUUAUUCCUUCACCGCCGACUUCCGAGCGCCUAACCAGAGUGACCCCCUCAUCACGGCCACUUCGACCUUCAAACCACUGCUGCAAAACCCUCAGAAACCAAACCCGAACUACUCGUUAUUUCAGCAAAAACCAAACUUUGCUAACCAGAAGGGGUUAGGGCAGAGUCUAAAGAGGCCUCCCCCGAAGUUAUAUGCCCAAGAGACGCAGAAAGAACAGAAUAUGGGCAGUGGGUAUAUUCUUAAUCAGGGUCAGAUGCAUCCUCAGGAGUAUGGGUAUGCUGCUUGUGUUAAUUCUUCGGGGAAAGUGCCGGUGGGAGCCCUCAGCACAUGCUCAGAAGAUGACGAACAGAAGCCAAACCUAUGUCGUAUCUGCGGGAAGACGUACGCCCGGCCCAGCACGUUGAAGACCCACCUUCGGACCCACUCUGGAGAGAGACCUUAUCGAUGUGGUGAUUGUAACAAGAGCUUCUCGCAAGCUGCUAACCUGACUGCUCAUGUGAGGACGCAUACUGGUCAGAAACCUUUUAGGUGUCCAAUAUGUGACCGUCGGUUCAGCCAAAGUUCCAGCGUCACCACACACAUGAGAACGCAUUCUGGAGAACGACCCUACCAGUGCAGAUCCUGCAAGAAAGCCUUCUCGGACAGUUCGACGCUGACGAAGCAUUUACGUAUUCACUCCGGAGAGAAACCGUACCAGUGCAAAUUAUGUUUAUUGAGGUUCUCCCAAUCCGGCAACCUGAACCGUCACAUGAGGGUCCACGGUAAUAUGUCAGGAGGCAUGCUCGGCUGACACUUGCAGAGGUGCGGCCUCUCCGCCGUCUACU